AGUUGUUCUCUGAGAAACUGAGUCAACUCGACCGAGCUAAGUGCAUAGAACAAACGCGCCGUGAACCAAUGAAAGCAACAACAAAACCAGUUUUCCAUGUAACCACUCUUCAGUAGUGAGUUGCGUCGGCCGAGCAGCGAAGCGCCAUUCCUUAGCUAUUUGGGUUAGAGGCGUUAAAAAUACCGAAAAACAGUUGUGUUGUAGUGCCGAAGAUGGGCUGUGCCACCGGACUCGUUAAAUACUUCGUCUUUCUCGCCAACCUCGUGUUCGCGUUGGCGGGCUUGGGUCUUGUGAUAAUCGGGGUUUUGUACAAAUUCAACUACAGCGAAGCCACGGACGCCUUGCCCUCGAACUUCGGCGUCGCCCCGAUUCUCUCGAUAAUCAUCGGGGCCAUUGUUUUCGUGACUGCCUUUUUGGGCUGUUGCGGCGCCGUCAAGGAAAGUCCCUGCAUGCUGACCACUUACGCCAUCAUCCUCUUGGUCAUUUUCAUCAUCCAAGUGGCGAUUGGCGUGUACGCCUUUAUUAAAAUCAACGAGGACGAGGCGGAGCCGCGCCGCCUCAUCCACAACAGUCUCGAGAAGACUUUCGACGGCUACGGCCGUGACGUGAAGAAAACCGAGGCUGUCGACGUGAUCCAAAGCUGGUUUCAUUGCUGCGGUCUUGACCGCUACGACCAAAUCAUCUUGCAAAACGGCAGCUUGCCGCAUAGCUGUUGCCGGGAGGGUGUGAGCGUUUGCAGACCCACCAAUUACAAUUCGUUUUACGAUAAGCCCUGCUCGAAGGCACUUAUGGAGUUCUAUCAAAAGAGCUCUCCGAUUAUCGGAGGGGUUGCUAUCGGGAUUGCCGUCAUCGAGAUUAUCGGUGCCGUGUUCGGCUUGUGUCUCUCUAGUUCGAUAAGGAACCAAUACAGAAGAAGCGCAUACUAAGCCUUGCUCUAUUUUUGUUUGUCACUUUCAAAUUCUAAGCUAGUUGUUUUUAUAUUGUAGUUUAAGACGCAUUUAACCAUUCCAUUUGUUACAAAACGUUCGAGUACAAUAAAAGUUUUAGUACGGA